AUGGCCCGCGCUACCCCGACAGCUUCAAUCGCUGGCGAUAAGCCGCUCCCUACGCGUCCUGGCACUUCAGGGACGGAGAACCUUCUCAGGACGAACCGUCGCCAGGCCUCGGACAACUUUCAGCGUGCCCAGCGCGCCGAGAGGGCCUACCGAGCCAAGAAGCGUGCGGCAACUGCCCGCGCCGACCUCUCUGAUGCGAAGACCCACUACAGCGAGUGCUUCAAACACUUCACCCGCGGCAUCGCCGUCACUCUCAGUGCCGUAAAGUCGCUCCCUUAUGUCUUCGACGAGAGACAGGAGGCAGCCCGCCAGAAGGCCGACGCCAAGAAGAAACAGCGUGCCCUCGAGAAGAAGAAGAAGCUCGAAGAGAAGCUGGCGAGGGAGAACGCUGCCACUGCCGACGGCGAGGAGACCCCAGCUGAGAACACUGAGGGGACUCCUGCCGAAGAGGCGGCCGCAUGA